AUGAUUUUCGCGAAAGCCACAGUUCUCGCCCUGAGUGGCCUGUCUUUGGCUCACCCCGGCGUCCAUGAGCCCAAUUCCUACUCUUCCAUGGCCAAGCGCCAUUUCCUGCACGAUGCUCGUCGGUCCUUGGACCUAUGUGCUGAUCACCUCGAGAAACGUGGUGUGAAUGAGCGUGCUCAGGCUCGUCGUGCUGCAAUCAUCGAGGCAAACAAGAGACAUUAUUUCUUCCCCAGGGACACGGAGACAACUGUCAACAAGACCCAUCACUCGUCCCUGAAGGUGUCUCCAAACACACCCGAGUCGGAACUUUUCUCCAAAAACCCUGUGUGCAUCCUUGCUCCCGAAGGAGAGGUUGGUCCCUUCUGGGUCAAAGGCGAGUUGAUUCGCUCCGAUGUUCGUGACGGCGAGCCCGGUAUCCCGAUUAUACUCGAUGGCCAGUUCAUUGACAUCAACACUUGCGAGCCUAUCAAAGAUCUGUACUGGGAUGUUUGGAAUUGCAACUCCACAGGCGUCUAUUCUGGUGUUCAGAGUGAUAGCAAUGGCAACGGUGAUGAUGCUUCGAACCUCGACAAGACAUUCCUGCGUGGUAUCCAAAAGACAGACUCCGACGGUGUUGCUCAGUUCAAGACUAUAUUCCCUGGUCAUUACUCUGGCCGUGCUACUCACGUUCACGUUAUUGCCCAUACCGAUGCCCAUGUCUUGCCCAAUAACACCCUGACUGGAGGUCACGUCUCACAUGUUGGCCAGCUCUUUUUCGAUCAGGAUCUGAUUACUAUGGUCGAAGCCACCUACCCGUAUAACACUAGUACAGUGGAUAUCACCAAGAACAUUGACGACCACGUCGUCCAAGUCGAGACGGCAGAUUCGACUUCUGACCCGUUCUUCGAGUACGCUCUCCUUGGAGAUUCCAUUGAAGAUGGUAUCUUCGGCUGGGUUACCCUCGGCAUUAACACGACUGCCAGCCACGACUCGGAUGUUUCUUAUGCAGCUUUCUUGACCAAGAAUGGUGGUGUCAAGAAUGGAGAUAGCUCCUUCUAG